GGUCCCACUUUCCUAAUUUGUAAACAAAAACAACGAUUCCGGCAACCAAAAAUAAGUGGAACAAACAACCACCACGUGAAAACAAACAAGAAAGUGUUGAAACAAACGAACCAACAAAGUACGAGGUUGGGUCUGAUCCCAACACAACUAAACAAAACUGGUACUGCUGCAGGCGUUGAAAACUGUGUUCAUUACAAAUGGGGUUUCAGAAAAUAAGGGUUGAUAACCCUAUCGUUGAAAUGGAUGGAGAUGAAAUGACAAGAGUAAUUUGGAGAAUGAUCAAAGAUAAGCUUAUUUUCCCAUUUCUGGAGCUGGAUAUUAAGUAUUUUGACCUUGGCCUUCCUCAUCGAGAUGCCACUAAUGAUAGAGUUACCGUUGAAAGUGGCGAAGCUACCCUGAAGUAUAACGUAGCUAUCAAAUGUGCAACAAUUACUCCAGAUGAAGGCCGUGUCAAGGAGUUUAACCUAAAACAAAUGUGGAAGAGCCCAAAUGGGACAAUCCGGAACAUCUUAAAUGGUACAGUUUUUAGAGAGCCGAUUAUCUGUAAAAACAUUCCUCGACUUGUUUCAGGCUGGACGAAGCCAAUAUGCAUUGGAAGACAUGCUUUUGGAGACCAAUAUCGGGCAACUGAUGCAGUUAUAAAAGGCCCGGGAAAGCUAAAGUUAGUGUUUGCACCUAGUGGACAUGAAGAACCUAAAGAGCUAGAGGUGUAUAACUUUACUGGUGCUGGAGGUGUAGGCUUGGCCAUGUACAAUACCGAUGAGUCUAUUCGAGCGUUUGCCGAGGCUUCAAUGAACAUUGCUCUCGAGAAAAAAUGGCCUCUCUAUCUUAGCACUAAAAACACCAUUCUAAAGAAAUAUGAUGGAAGAUUCAAGGAUAUUUUCCAAGAAGUUUAUGACAGCAAAUGGAGUCACAAGUUUAAAGCUGCAGGAAUAUGGUAUGAACACCGUCUUAUAGAUGACAUGGUUGCGUAUGCUCUUAAAAGUGAUGGGGGUUAUGUAUGGGCCUGCAAAAAUUAUGAUGGGGAUGUGCAGAGUGAUUUCAUAGCUCAAGGAUUUGGUUCUCUUGGAUUGAUGACAUCAACACUGGUUUGCCCGGAUGGGAAAACUAUUGAAGCAGAGGCAGCCCAUGGCACUGUUACCCGUCAUUUUCGGGUUCAUCAAAAGGGAGGUGAAACCAGUACUAACAGUAUUGCUUCAAUUUUUGCCUGGUCGCAAGGUCUUGCACAUAGGGCAAAGUUGGAUGGAAACGCUAGACUGUUGGACUUCACGGAGAAACUGGAAGCAGCUUGCAUUGGAACAGUUGAAUUGGGAAAAAUGACAAAGGAUCUUGCACUUCUUAUUCAUGGACCCAAGGUUUCUAGGUCCCACUAUUUGAAUACCGAAGAGUUCAUUGAUGCCGUAGCCGAGGAGCUGAGAACAAGAUUAACUACACAGGCAAAGCUGUAGAGUUCCCUAGUUUCUCAGGUUUAUUAUGUCAAGUUUUGAAUUUGGAAUAUGUUUGUUUGAAUAAAAUAUGGAAGAAGUUGGGUGGAGAGAAUAACAAGGAUGAUGCAGAUACUUGACAGACACAACAGACAGAAUCAAGCCAAGGGACAACACAAACCCCAUUUGUGAUUACUUAAAAUAAGCACUUCCUAAACCUGGAUUUCCCCCCUUACAGAUAGAAAAACUUCUGUUUACAAAGAAUUCAUUGGCCUGGUUGAACUUCAACUUAUUUUGGAUUUUUCAAGCUCUAAAAAGGGGGCUAUAAAUGUAACAAUAUCCCCAAAUUGAGGAGCUAGCUAUUCUCUAUCUUAUGUUCUGUUGUUAUAGAUAUUUUUAAAUAUAUUUGUGAAAAUGAUUACAUGCAUUAUAAAAAUUUCUGUCAUUUUCUAUAGAA